CAAAAUCUCCAAUCUCGAUUGAUGAAUACAAUUGCAUACAAUAGCUUUUAGCUACACAAAAAGUAAAUUGUUUGUCUGUAAUUGUUCUUGUUUUUAACGUAAACACGAAAAUUCGAUUUUGGCAACCAUCGGUUUUCGUGUCAAAUGAGGUUUUACAGUAGUGCGACGGUAUAAUAGUAAUAUUUCGGUUGUGGUGCUUCAAAACGGCGGUGGCGGACAAACGGUUAUACAAUGGAAGCAGUACCACGGUUAUAUAUGAUAAGCUUCCCUCUAAAAAUAAGUCAGCAGAGUCCAGAUUUUACAACAAAAAUUAAUCAUCAUAUACAUACUAUAUACGAUCAAGAUCCAACAAAAUAUAAUGAUGAUUUGUCAACUUUAUUGGCACUAAGAGAAACUUCAGUCGAUCCAUCAAUGAAUGUUGAAGGAUGUUCAAUUUUAAAAAGAUAUUUUUGUCAACUACACGCACUAAAGAGUCGUUUUCCAAUGGCUGAGAAUGGAAAUGCGUCUGUAGUGUUUUCAUGGAAUCAUUUAUUCAAUCAAAAUAUAACUUAUAAUAUGUCGGACAUUACACUAGAAAUGGUAUCUAUUUUAUAUAAUAUUGGAGCAUUGCAUUGUCGUUUGGGUGCUAUACAGGACAGAACAUCAGAUGAUGAAGCGUUAAAAAUGGCAUGUACUCAUUUUCAAUGUGCAGCAUGGGCGUUUCAAGAGUUAAAUGAUAAUUAUCCGGGAAACUUUAGACCAGAUUUGUCUUCUGAUUUGUUACAAUACAUGUACCAACUUUGUUUGGCUCAGGCUCAAGAAUGUAUACUUGAAAAAAGUAUGAUGGACAAUCGGAAAUCUCUUAUUAUUGCUAAAGUUUCUGCGAAAAUUUCGGAGUAUUAUAAUGGCGCAAUGAAUGCAUUAGUAAAUUUUGCCACAGUUGACAGUAUUGGAGAAUCUGUAGGAAUGAAAAGAUACAAAAUGUGGUCAAAGUAUUGUAUGUUCAAAAAAACUUAUUAUGAAUGUGUAACAGCCCAUUUUCAAGGACAACACGCUGAAGAUCAACAACAGAUGGGUUUUCGGGUUUCUUAUUAUCAAAUUGCAUUAAAUAAAUUAGAAGAAGCUGUAAAUCAAUCAAAACAUUUCGAUGAACCCGAACAAGUACAAGACGCAUUGACAUUUACCAUGGACGUGGUAGCAGCCAAAUGGAAGGCGUCAAAAACUGAAAACGAACUGAUUUAUCAUGAAAAUGUUCCUUCCCCCGUAGAAGAAGACAAACGUUUAGAAAAACUUAAAGGAGCAUCUCUGGUCAAAAGUAUUGGUUUUAGUGUGUCCGAUCCUGAAAUUUCAGGUCCUUCUUUGUUUGCCGAUUUAGUACCAACUGCAUAUCAAAAGGCCUCAAAUCUGUAUACGGAAGAAAAAAAUAAAUUACUUCAAUCUAUAACCGAAAUAAUUGAACAAGCUAAUAAUGAACUGUCAAAAUUUUCAUCGUCGUUACAAUUAGACUGUUUAGACGAAAGUAUUUGGAAAGUACAAACACCACAGUCCUUGAUAAAUAGUUGUGCUGCUUUUCAAGCUCAUCCUGAAAAAUUAAGCAAUUUACUGGAUUUAAUGAAUAAACUUACAAGUAUAAAUGAGGAUAUAAAAAAAAUGUUGCUGGAAAUCAACCGUCACUUAAAAACUGAAGAAAUUGAAGAUAAAAUAUAUCAGGAUUCUGUUGGCCAGCCUUAUAACUCUAUUGUGAUAUGUGAAUUAACCCGUGAGGCAGCUAAAUAUGAAGAAGCUCACAUGAAAGCUGAAGAGUCUAAUGAAACUUUACACAUUGCUCUAGAAAUGCAUACAAAUAAUUUUAAACUGAUGAAUUUGUCACUAGAAGAAUUGGAAAAGCAUUUGCCGCCAAUGUGUUGUCCUAAUAAUUUAGAUGAGAACGAUAAAAAAUUGUUUAGUAAGCUACAGAGUGUUGUAAACAAAUUAUGUGAAAUGCAAAGUCAAAGAGAAAUGUUGGCAUCUCAAUUUCAUAAAGCUAUUAAUGAAGACAACUUAUCUUUAGUGCAAGUUACCCAAUCUCAAAAUGACUUAUCUACAUUGUUCAAACAGCAAAUCUCUACUAAAUAUGCUAAUUUGAUUAAUAUUAUUAAACAAAAUAUAACUGCCCAGACUGCCAUAAUCGAAGCUGUAAGGGUAGCGUACAUGCAGGCUGCUCCUGUGCGUAAAUUAUUUGUUUCCAGUGCAGAAAAAAGACGUGAAAAAAUCAACUCCCUCCUGGAAUCAUUUAAUUGCAUGGAAGAUUUGAUAGAAAAAUCAUCAAAAGGCUUAGAUUUUUAUCAUAAACUCUCAGUAAACGUCUCAAAGCUAUUACAACGUGUUAAAGGGACGUGUCAAGUUCAAACCGAAGAAAGAGAUCAAAUUAUGAUGAAUACAGCUAGCGACGAUGAUGCGCGGCCACAACUUCAAAAUAAGCUGACUACCGAUGCGUUUAACUAUUACCAACCAAGCAUGAAUAACGCAAAAGACACUACAAACAUUGCACAUGAUUCAUAUUAUAAUGGUUUACGAAGACCGUCCCCAUUAGGGUCAGAACAAGUAGUGGCUGGCUACAGUCAACCGAAAGAAUAUUUGAGUAAUUUGUCUACAAACACUAUGUAUAGUAAUUUAACUCCAAGAAUGAGUAAUCUGGACUUAAACAAUGUUGGAAGCCAGACAAGUCAGGUUUCUCAAUCAAACAGUCAGCAUCAACCACAAAACGUUAUCUCUUCCCAUCAGAGUGCUACAGCAAACAUGAACAGUCUCAACCAAACAGUCAACACAAUACCUAGUAGCAGCUCAUUGUCAAGUUUAAAUUACACCUACUCAAAUCCUACGCUUCAAGGACAAACGACAAUUUAUUCGUAUCCGCUUCAAGCUGGUGUAGAUAAUACACAACAACAGAAUAACUUGGGCCCGCUGAACUAUACUAAAACAUCAGGGGAAGAUUACAUUCCAAAACAUUUUUUGUCACCAGGAACAUCUCAAAUUCAUUCCUCGUCGGCAAUUUUUCCGCCAACCAAUACCAACCACAUUUAUAAUACAACCAUUCCAUUACAUUCUAGAACUUCCUUGGGUAAUCUAAUGCCAGUAAAAUAUUCCCCAAGUGUUUCGUUGCCAUCUGUAUCCCCUCAACUGUCAUAUGGAAAUGGAUAUGCAGUCCAAACUGAUCAAAAGCGUGUGUUCAAUUAUUAUUACAACAAUACAAUCGUGCCACCACAAACUGCUAAUAGUAGCCCUUCAAAUGUACAUGGAUACAACACUAAUCCACUAACAGGGUUAUACUGUCAAUCAUACUCAUCGCCAGCACCCGCACAAGGUAGUCCAAUGUUAGCAAAUCCUAACAGUUCUAUUGUGCCCAAUGACAGAAAUAUGGCAAAUUAUAAUCAAUAUGGUAAUAGUUCAGUUAUGCAACCACAACAAGGCAUGGUCAAUCCUAAUGAGAGUGGUACUAACUAUUACCAAACUUCGAUUAACACCAAUGUUAACGAUCCAUACUAUUCAAUUCCGAGUAAUAAUUAUCAUCAGAAUUAUACGACCCAUAAUUCGGUUGGCUACUAUCCACCAACCAAUCUACAAAAUUAUCCACCGUCCAAUUACCAAGUACCUCAAACAACAGCAACAACAACCACAAGUUUGUUAGAUGACAUGGACAGUCAUAUGGUUCAUGCUCCACCACCACUAAUUUUACCUCAAAAAGUAUCCAAUAUUACAAAAACUGAACAGUAAUAUAAAUAUACAAAUUUUUUUUAAAAAUAAAUAACCAAGAAAAUAAAAUUUUAGUUAUAUUUGAUUAUUGAUUAUACACGUUGUAGCUAAUUAAAAAGAGUAUAGUAUAUAUUAUAUAUUAGCAAUCUAGAUUUGAUAUUUAUUUUUAAAUACAUUUGUUAGAUUAAAUUAAUGAUAAAUAUUAUGUACGUGUGGUACAUAAUAUUUAUUUGGAAGAUUUGUUAUUUUUAUUCGGAAAGAAAAACUUUUACUGCAUAUCCAAUAUAAGUAUUUUCAAACUGCAUACUUUUAUUGUGACCCGUCUUUAUUUUAUAUAUUUUUUUAUAAAGUUUUAUUAGUAAGUAUUCGGAGUUUAAAUUAUUAAGUUAAUUUAUCACUAAAUACAUAUACUAUAAAUAAUAGGCUUUUUCUGUAAAUCUAUUGUAAUGCAUUGAUAAUGAAUACCUAUUAUAAUUCUAUUGUUAUAAUUUAUUAAAGAAUUUUAUUGGGUGAAUUAUUUUUAUUAUUAAUGUUUUCAACUAAGUAUUAUUAUUUGUAUUUUAUUAUACCCAUGU